UUGCAUUGGUUAGACACUGUUAGGAUAAUGAAUGUAGUAAAGGGACGAACUUGAGUCUUUGCCUUGAGGACGGCGGUAUAAUCAGAGGCUCCCCUUGCUGUAGACUAGGAGCGCUGUGAUCGGGGAUUUACUGCACAGCGAUUUCCAUACAGAAGAACAUCCCUGAGAUCAGCUGUUCCAUGGACCUCGUUUCUGAUGCUUUCUCGGAUGUUUUACACUGAUCCAGGUCAGUGCUGAGUGUUAUCUCACAGAGACCAUUCGUCGUAAGAAUAGAGAAGAGGGCGAAAGAUAAAUAAACAAACAAACAAAAAAAACAAGGAGGGAAUGCAGCAAUGAGACAUCCAUCAGGCUCAGAAGAAGCUGCGCAUUAGUCACUCGUAGGAAGCGUCCUGAGAUCAUGGCUUAUUUGGAGCUGAACGCAAAGAUCAGUGUGACGUAACGCAGCCCUAAAGCAAUGCUGUGCGGCUUCUCGAGCCUUUCUGAACUCUGCUGAGAGAAUGAGGCAAGCUGUGAGCGCCACACUCUCGGUGUGGGGUGAGAGGCGCUUGGGGUACACCUCUCUAAACGACUCUAGGGAGGCGCUGCUGGAGGACAGCUGCCUGAUGCCUGGGCUUAAAGAGGACUCUGUUGUGGAAGAGAAGGAGCUGGCAGACGGCGAUCAGGAUGAACAGGAGGCAGUUGUGGGAUCCUCACCGUCCACACCUCCAGCAGUGACUCAGAGUGAUGGAGCUUCACCUGAAAAUCUGGAGGCAAACACGCUGUCAUCUGCGCUCAGAUCAGAAUCGAAUUCAGGUCGUCGGGGCAGUAUGAACAUAAACGUUCAUGAGAAUGGAUCCACUACAGUGAGAAGGGGCUCUCUUGGUGCUCUACUUGUGCAGCGUUGCAGUUCUCUAGGCUCCACAGCCCCACAGUGGGUCCCGGAUUCUCAGGCACCUGUGUGUAUGAAAUGUGGCUCCAGAUUCUCCUUUACAAAGAGGAGGCACCACUGCAGAGCCUGCGGGAAGGUGUUCUGUGUGGUCUGCUGUGACUUGAGAUUCAGAUUGACUCACCUGGGUGGAAAAGAGGGUCGGGUCUGUGUCACCUGUCACGAUACUCUCAUUAACAAGACCCUUCGUAAGGAACAAAAGAAAGUAUGGUUUGCUGACAGCGUUUUAUCCAAAAACGAGACAUCUAGUGCCAACAAUACUCCGACCCACAGAGAUUCAAUGCAGACAAAUGCACCUGCAGCAGCUCAUGUUGUAUCUGCAGACCAGACUGAUAUGCCAAACUCUCCUUGUUUGGAGCAUCAGGAAGUGGUUAACAGUCCUAAAGGGAGCUCAGCUAAGCCCUUACCCCAUAAAGGACUUCCCCCUAUCCUCACCUCUACAGGUGUUAAAGGAGAUUACACAGUGGAGGAAAAGCGAACAGAAACUUCGUUGUUAGAGGAGCUUGAGCAAGGUCAAACCGAGCCUCUGGUAUUCGUCCUCAACGCCAACCUUCUGGCCAUGGUGAAGAUCGUCAGCUAUGUAAACCGGAGGUGCUGGUGUGUGACAUCUAAAGGUAUGCAUGCAGUGGGUCAGCCAGAGGUGGUGGUGCUUUUACAGUGUUUACCAGAAGAGAAGCGAUUCCCUACAGACAUCUUCAAUCACUUUAUUCAAAUCUACUGGGAUGCCCAGACAGCGGGAAAGCUCUUGAAUCAUCUGAGUCAUUCUUUGGCUGCACGAGGCUUUCUAGACAGCGAGGAGCAUGCUGGUUUUCUCUAUGUGCGUCCCACGUUACAGUCGUUGGACGGCCUGCCGCUGCCCCCCCAGCCCUUUCUGUUUGGCCUGCUCAUUCUUCGGGCUGAGAGUCCUUGGGCCAGGGCCUUCCCCCUGCGUCUCAUGCUACGUUUGGGAGCUGAGUAUAGAUUCUAUCCCUGUCCUCUGUUCAGUGUACGAUUCAGAGAGCCACUGUUUGGUCAGAUCAACAACAGCAUUAUGAGACUCCUUGUGGACUUCCGCUUUUACCGUUACACAUUGCCAGUAGUUACAGGGCUCAUGGUUGAUUUGGAGGCACGGAGCACGUGCAUCACGAUCCCGAAAAGCCGUCACGCUGAGCUGCUGAAGGUGCUGAGUAAGUCGAACGAGAAACUGCUGGCGAUGGGCGCUUGCUUUAAUGAGCGUGCCGACUCCCACCUCAUCUGUGUGCAGACUGCGGAUGGACAGUACCAGACUCAGGCGAUCAGCAUCCAUAGCCAGCCUCGCAGAAUUACAGGCUCCUGUUUUUUCGUGUUCAGCGGUGCACUGAAGGCUUCAUCAGGAUAUCUGGCCAAAUCCAGCAUUGUUGAAGAUGGAUUGUUAGUCCAAGUGACCAUGGAAACCAUGCUGGACCUACGGCGAGCUCUUCGAGACAUGAGAGACUUCACUUUGACCUGUGGAAAACUCCACCAAUCCGAACGACAGGAAUACGUACACAUUCGGUGGCAGGAUGAAGAGCCACAUUUCAAUAAGGGCAUAAUCAGUCCUAUUGAUGGCAAAUCUAUGGAAUCCAUCACUUGUAUAAAAGCGCACCAGAGAUUAGAGUAUCGAGCGAGUGGGAAGGUCAUACGGUGGACAGAGGUAUUCUUCCUUCAGAGGGAGGAGCCGUAUAACGGCCCCAACAGUUACGCCCAUCAUAACCGUCUGACGGAGCGACUGGCACGAGCGUUCUGCUUGGCACUGUGCAAUUCUCUGAGCCUGUUAAAAGAGGAUGGUAUGACCAAAUUAGCACUGCGGGUCACCCUGGAUGGACAGAAGAUGGAGUUCCUGGCAGGCAGUAACGGUCAGCCGCUGCCACCGCAUUACCAGGACAGUCUGAACCAGUCCCUAAGUGCAGUUGUCCAAAGUGUGUGCCAGCGUCACGGACACACAGCCCUCCAGCUAGAGCUCAUUUUUUACAUCCUGGAGGACAUCGCGUAGACGUCAUCUUCUAAAACCCAGAUCAUAAAGCAACAUGCUGCUCCUGGGUGUCACGGACCCAGUCUAACCCGCCUUUCACGUACAUUUUCAAAGACUGGAAAGAAUAAAUGACAAUGCGUAUAUGACCUGUGUUUGUAGAAAAUAACCCAGAUUCCUCUGAUUCAGCUCUUUGUAACGGUUCCAUAGACCCGAGCAGAUAGAUUCGGUCCUGACUGAGCCACGUUGAAAAUUUCCGCUGGUCGCUGUGCAGCUGCUUUGUAGAAAAAUGGUGUUGUUGAGCAUGCGAUUCAGCCUACGCCAAACCCACCCUACAGUCCACUAGUCAGAAAUCAGGACUGUAGGGUGGGUUUGGUGUAGGAUGGGUCCAUGAUCAGAGGAAACAACCACUUUUACUGAAUGGAUAGAAUUCAUUCGCAUGACUUCCUUUUGCUUUCAGUCUUCCUUAGAUCAAAGUACAAUAGAAGUAUUUUACUAUAUAUCUCUUUUGGUGAUCCAGAUGCUAAUUUGCAGAUAUACAGAUUCCUUCCUUCAGUACGUCACAGUAUAAAUUCCAUUAUCUCCCGCAGCUAUACAAACAACAGGUUUUACUUCCUCCCAAGUGGUGACCUUUGUUCUACAUUGUCUUGCACUGGAACACUGAUCGUACAAAGAGCCAUGGAGGAACUCUUUUACAGCCAUUCUGUAGACUUUUCUCUUCCACUGAAUGUACCGUCAACUGUUUCCUUCUUUUUCUCUCUCUCAAUCUUACUAUCGAACUCUGUCUAUCCCAAAAACAUUCUCUCUCUGUCACAGACACACUCACACUCUCGCUCACACACACUAUCCCUCAUACAGUACACCUUCUCUGUCACAUACACACUCACUGUAUCUACACUCUCAUACACACACUUUCCUUAUCUCUCGCUCACACACACUGUCCCUCAUACACCCUGUCUGUCUCACACACUCACUUUCUCCACUGUCUCAUACACACACUCUCUCUUUCCUUCUCUCUCGCUCACACACCCUCGCUCUGUCACCUCCACUCUCUCACACAAUCACACACACUCACUCUCUCUACUCUGUCUCAUACGCAUUCUCUCUCACACACACACUCACACUAUACAUCUCAUACACCCUCUAUUACCUCCACUCACUCUCAUAUACACACACACACUGUUUCCUUCUCUCUCAAUCACACACACUAUCAACUCUCUUUACUCGCCGUUUCACACACACACACACACACACACUCUCUCCAUACUCUGUCUCACACACACUAUCGAUCUCAUCCUCUCUCUCAUACUCUAUACACUCCAUACUCUUUACACACACACUCACUAAUCUCAUACACGCACACACUUACUCUCUAACUCGUACUCCGUCUCACACACAUUCUCACUUUCUCACACACGCACAGACCCGCCUGCUGAAAUAUCAGCCACGCGCCCGAGUCUCCGCUAAUCCUUUCAGUGAAUGAGAAGAGAAUGGAGAUCUUGUUGUCAUCCUACAUGUUUAGCAUAACUGAGAUUACUGAAGCAUCUGAAAGCAUGUGGUGGUGACACUCUGAAACAAUGAGAUGUUUCUCAACCAACUAAUUUGAAAGCACCAGCCAUUAUACCAUACCAGCUCGGUCUGCUCUUAACAAGUGCAACUAACGCUACCCUUCAACACCGUGUCAAAUUAAUUGUGAAAAUAUGUACAUAAUGUUUGAGGACAUGUAAAGAAAGUCUUGUAAGAUGUUAUGCAAAAUAAUAAUAAUAAUAAUAAUAAUAAUAAAGAAGAAUCCUGAAACACCAUUUUAAAAUGGAAUUUAUUUUCUUGUUUUCAAGUCAUUAUACUUCAGUAACAAAAAUUUAGCGCCCUAUCAAUCUCAUUAGUACUGACAGUAAAUCUAAAAUAUUUACAUCUGGAACUCAAGUUGUCUUAAGAGAAAUGUACAGUGCUGUUGGUCACUGGAGAGUCUGAGAAAAGAAGGGAGGAAGGGAAAGGAAUGGAAGGGAAGAGAGGAAUGGAGUGAAGGAGGAGUGCAUUCACUCAUGACAAGGUGAGCACCAUCAGUGAAGAACACAGCCAGUCAUUAAAUUAUCUCUUCUCUUCAUAUAAUGUGCUCAUUAUUUAUUCUCUAUAGAUUAACAAUUAAAAUUAAUAACAAA